UAUAAACUUUUAUCCUUUUUUAUAUGUUACCCCUUAAAACGGCUGUAUAUUGCAACAAAAAUACACUCACAACCUUCUUUUUUAACAUUUUGUAAACCCCAGAGCUACAAAAAAAACUAAUCAAAUAGGAAAUUUCUGUUUCUAUGGUAAAUAAAUAAAAAAAAGAAGGCCAAUGGAAGAGCAUUUAACGCUGUGUGUCGCAUCCACGUGAUUUGUUUCUCGGAUCGAGUGUGCAUGAUUUUCUCAAUUUGCCUGUGUUCCAUCUUCCGUUGCACUCCCUCUUACUUGUUUCCCAACCCACUUAUUCUUUCUGUUACUUCCUACUUGAACUCUUUUUAUUUCUUUUUUUUUCUUCUUUCUCUUUUUCUCCUCAUGGCCCAUUCAGAAACAUCUGUACGGCCAGAUGUCAGUUCGCCACUUGUGUGUAAAAUAUGUCUCGAGAAGGAUGAUGGUCAAUGUCGACUCAUCUCUCCAUGCAAAUGCAAAGGUUCAAUAAAGUAUGUACACGUUGAAUGCAUGGCUUCAUGGCGAAGUGCGUUAUUCCACAGCGGACGUGACAACGACCUAUAUCACUGUACUCUGUGCAAACACCGAUUCUCAGUCCGACCGCGGAGGCCAUGGAUGGCGGUACUCAAUUACAGAGUGAUGCGUAUCUUGGUAACGGUACUGUUACUGGUCUUCAUUUUGAUCCCUGCAGGCACGAUCAUGAAGGCGUUUAUUCAUAUAUCGUUGUUACUGUCCAACUAUCCGGGAGGUUUAACGUCGAACUCAUUCUCGGAUUUAAUGCUUUCUCUGAAAGCGACGGUGUUCCCUACUAUCAUUGGUCAUCACAUGCCUUCACCGCAAGAAGAGAUAUUUCCAUCCUCACAAAAUACAACUUUCCGUGUCCUCUUUUCCCCUUUUCCCGUCUGCUUUCCUUCAUCUUCUUCUUCCUCCGCUUCUUCUUCGUCGCCUCACUCACAUUCACUUUUCCACAGUUCGCUUCUCUAUUACCUGUUAUUACCCUUCUCGGAUGACCGUGUAUGGCGACUCAUUUUGUGCAAGCUGGAACAUUUUCAUCUAGGGUUUUUCUUACUGGGCAGCGUCAACAAUAUUUGGUUCACUUACAAGAUAUUGAAUGACAUGUUUGACAUUGUGAUAUCAGGCCAAGACCGAGCGCCGGCGGUAGGCGAUGAAGGAGGAGAAGAGAAUGGUCCCGGACCACGCAUGGAAGGCAUUGCUCGUCGGCUGAGUCGACUCCUCAAAGGGUUCUUACUCACCUACUGCUGUUCACUGGUGGUAUUGUUCUGGAUUCAUUUUAAUCUGUUUGCUUUUCACGUCGACACACGCUAUGAAGCUUUUAAUGCCAAUGGAGAAUACGAUUCCAAACAGUUCGUGGCCGAAUUACCGUUAUGGACUCUGCGAUGGGUGACGCUCGGUGUGGCGGUAGGCGAUUUCGCGGCCCGUGGUAUUUAUCGGUGGAUCGGCCGAAUCACCAACUGCGUAGAUGAAGAGGAAGUGUUAUCUCUAAGUGACAGCGAGUAAAGAACAAGACUCCCCCUUCUUUCGGUUUCCUACAUUGUACAUUUUAUAUUUCCCCUUUCCCUCUGCCAUGACCUGCUAUCAAAAGCAAAACCUCCCCAAAAAAAAAGAGAUGUAUAGUGAGCAUUUCUUUUUACAGUCAAUCACACACCCAUUACACGUUACACGCAUUUUUCCUUUUCCUCUCUUCUCUUCAUACAGAACCAUGUCUCAUGCAUGUGCAUACACUAAAAAAAAAGGAAAUACAACCAUAGGCUAUUCAAGAGGCUCGAAUUUCUCCAUU